AUGACGAGCACAGCGUUACAACCCGCAAUACUGAUCGUAUCAGACACUGCCUCGGAGGAUCCGUCGACAGAUAGGGUCGUGGAUGCCUUAACACCACUAUUACUAGCCACAGACCAAAGUCCCUGGAAGACUCCGUUCACCAACAUCGUCCCCGAUAAUAUACUCGAUAUACAAAGGAGCAUAUGUGACUGGACAGAUGGGCAAGAUGCUGUGAACCUAGUGCUCCUCAGUGGCGGCACCGGGUUCACUACUCGAGACAACACGCCCGAGGCGGUAGCUCCUCUUCUCCACCGUCAUGCUCCUGGACUUGUGCAUGGUAUGCUGGAUGCAUCGUUGAAAGUCACACCAUUUGCGAUGAUGUCUCGACCUGUCGCAGGGGUCCGGAAUGGAACACUGAUAGUCACUCUCCCGGGCUCGCCGAAGGGAGCGAAAGAGAACCUGGAAGCUAUUGUAAGGCUUCUUCCUCACGCGUGCAGUCAGGCAGCCGGCGCAAACUCCCGACUUCUGCACGCUGGCGGCAUGCAGAAACUCGAAGCAGAAGCCGGCGUCUCUGUGGGAAAUAAUCAAAGGAGUGGCGCCGAGGAUUCGCAUAGCUAUCAACCGCAACUGGGACAUAGUGACUGCGGACAUGCCCGGCACCACGGAAAUAAGACGGCAAAAUCGAAUGACACGAGCGAGGGCCCAAGCCGACGGAAUCGUCUGUCUCCGUAUCCGAUGUUGUCCGUUGACGAAGCUCUCUGGCGUAUCAGUAACCAUACUCCUGAUCCUGUCAUGGUUGAGGCCCCGGUGACACCUGCCUUGGUAGGGUCCGUGGUUGCGGAGGAUGUAUACGCUGCGGAGGCUGUACCGGCCUAUCGGGCUAGUACCGUAGAUGGAUAUGCUGUGAUCGCUGCUAACUUGAAUGAAGACAGUACAACUUCUACCACUGGAGGGACCAAGGGCAUCUUUCCUGUUGCCUCCGUUGCGCACGCCAAUGCCAGUGGCAUCGUUCCCCCAUUGGAAAGAGGCACCAUCUCACGUAUCACUACUGGCGCACCGCUACCUCCAAACGCAAACGCAGUGGUUAUGGUUGAAGACACUCUUCUGCAUGCCUCUACCCCAGAUGGUACCGAAGAGGCCACGGUGGAAAUUCUAACGGAUGAUAUCAAGCCAAACGAGAACGUACGGCAGCCGGGGAGUGAUAUUGAACUGGGCUCGAGGAUCCUUCGAAAGGGUGAUAUUGUUACACCCGUUGGAGGUGAAAUUGGCCUUCUGGCAGCAACCGGGACAAACACAGUUAAGAUUUAUAAAAAGCCUUGUGUUGGUGUGAUGAGCACCGGAGAUGAGCUAGUCGCACAUGAUGACCCGCAGAGACUUCGUGGAGGCCAAAUCCGUGAUUCUAAUCGGCUUUCCUUGCUGUCCUGUCUGUCAUCUUGGGGCUUUCCCACUGUUGACCUGGGCAUCGCUCCGGAUACCCCUGCCGGAGAGCUCGAAGAGCGGCUACGCAGUGCGGUUAAUAGGGAAGAAACUAGCAUCGAUGUAAUCAUUACAACAGGCGGUGUCUCAAUGGGAGAAUUAGACCUCCUCAAGCCAACCAUCGAGCGUUCCCUUGGCGGCACGGUGCAUUUUGGUCGUGUGGCCAUGAAGCCCGGGAAGCCAACGACGUUUGCCAGCAUCCCUGUCAAGCGGUCACCAUCUCAAACGAAUGACGCACCGAAAACAUGGGGAAAGAAACUCAUCUUCUCGCUGCCUGGGAACCCCGCCUCAGCCCUGGUCGGCUUGCAUUUGUUUGUGCUACCCUGUCUGCAUAAGCUCAUGGGGAUGGGUCAGGGAAAACUUGCCUCGGGGACCGGCCCAGUACCGGGACUUCCUGUGGUAACGGUGACUCUGAUGCAUCAGUUGCCAUUGAACCGCGAGCGCACGGAAUAUCAUUGCGCUGUUGUCAGAGCAUCCCAAACAGAUGGACUACUGUAUGCUUGUAGUACGGGGGUUAGCGUUACAGGACAACGGAGUUCGAGGGUCGGGAACCUCGCGCAUGCAAACGCGCUUUUGGUCUUGAAACCCGGACAGGGAUAUAUUGAGAAGGGCACACUGGUAGAGGCCUUGCUUAUGGGCCCUAUCCGGUCAGGGGUAUAA